AUGUUUUUUGCUACGCAGAUACCUCUAAGGUUGUAUGACUCAAAAGCUUCUUCUACUUGGAAGAAAGUUGGAUGUGAAGAUGAUUUCUGUUCCUUCAUUUCACAAUCAGACACUUGCGAACCAAAGAAGAAGCCAUGUAGCUAUCGUGUUGUGUAUGGAGAUGGAAGCACAAGUGAUGGUGAUUUUGUCAAGGAUAACAUUACUUUGGAUCAAGUCACUGGAAACCUCCGAACUGCACCCCUUUCCCAGGAAGUGGUAUUUGGUUGUGGAAGUAAUCAGUCUGGGCAACUUGGGCAAACCGACUCAGCCGUUGAUGGAAUUAUGGGAUUUGGACAAGCAAAUACCUCAAUCAUUUCGCAACUAGCUGCCUCGGGUAAUGUCAAGAGGGUCUUCUCACAUUGCUUAGACAAUGUGAAUGGAGGUGGCAUUUUCGCUGUUGGGGAAGUGGAGUCUCCAUUGGUGAAAACAACUCCUUUAGUUCCUAAUCAGUAA